AAAUAACAUAAUAUUUGAAGAAGAAUAAAAAGGAUAUUUACACAAAGAGUUGUUGCAUCAUCGAGAAUAACUAAUGACUACGAAGAUGUUUUCAUAUGUUUUGUUACAUUCAUUGAUGAUGUUUGCUAUCAUCCUUUCUUCCAUGGGUUCACCAGAAAAAUAUUAUGACUGUAAGCAAGACGGAUGUAUAACCACACCACCAUGCUGGAGAAAAUGCGUGUCUAUGGGAUACCCGAAAGGAGGAGAAUGUCGAAUAUACAGUUAUGGCGGUGUUUGUUGUUGUGACCUCACUUCUAAGCCUCCUAAUUAAAAAAAAUUUCAUUAUAAAUGUACUCCCAAUAAUAUAUGAAAAGAUUAUAUUCAAUAAUGUUUCUUGUUAAAAAAAUUAUUUAGUUUUACCUGCAUUAAUGAUGUUUCC